CGCCGCGCUCUUACCGAGUGGCUCCUGCGCUAUUCAUUGGUGCUCUGCCGCCUUUCCCCUCAGGCUCUCGCGGUGCUGCUUUGUGAAGAUGGCGGCCGAACUGGUAGAAGCGAUGAACAUGGUGAAGAGUUUCCGGGUGUCCGACCUGCAGACACUGCUGGCCUCUAUGGGGCGCAGUAAAAGCGGGUUAAAACAGGACUUGGUGGGUCGAGCUUUGAGACUGGUGCAGACAGAAUACAGCCCAGAGCUGCUGAAGAACGUCCGGCAGCUCUAUGAAACACGCUUCCCUAAGGCACCUGGAUGGUUGGCUGCCCGUCGCCCAGAGGCGAUACCAGCAGUGUCCUAUCCAACGAUUAACUCGUCCCCACGAAGCACAGCCCAGGGCACAGACUACCUCAAUGGCAUGCCCAAGCUGGCUGCUCCACCAGCAGCUGAAGUUAAACUAGUGCCCCUGCCCUUUUACCACAACCUAGAAACAUUGUUGCCACCUACAGAGCUAAUUGCACAGAAUAGUGAGAAACUACAGGACAGUCAGUGUGUUUUCGAACUAACACAGAGUCAAAUAGACCAGAUCCGAAACUCCAGUGAACUUCGCCCGGGUGUAAAAUCGGUUCAGGUGGUCCUUAGAAUCUGUUAUACUGACUCCAUUGGUGUUCAGGAAGAUCAGUACCCUCCCAAUAUCGCUGUCAAAGUGAAUCAGUCCUACUGUCAUGUUCCCGGUUAUUAUCCUUCCAACAAACCAGGUGUGGAGCCUCGUCGUCCUUGUCGCCCUAUAAACAUCACCCCCUGGCUUCACCUUUCGACAGCCACCAAUAGAGUCACCAUUACAUGGGGCAACUUUGGAAAGCGGUAUUCUGUGGCUGUGUACCUAGUGAGGGUCUUCACAUCUGCAGAGCUCUUUAACCAACUCAAGCAUUGCUCAGUGGAGAGUGCUGAGCGCUGUCGUGAACGCAUUCAAGACAAACUGCGUUUUGAUCCGGAGAGUGAGAUUGCCACUACAGGACUGAGAGUGUCUCUGAUCUGCCCACUGGUGAAGAUGCGUCUGGGAGUGCCGUGCCGGGCGCUCACCUGCGCUCACUUGCAGUGUUUCGAUGCCGUCUUCUUCUUGCAAAUGAACGAAAAGAAGCCCACGUGGACCUGCCCUGUAUGUGAUAAACCUGCUCCCUUUGAGCUGCUCACCAUUGAUGGAUUACUCUCAGAGAUCCUGAAGGAGACUGAAGAUGUGGAAGAGAUUGAGUAUUUGACUGAUGGCUCAUGGAGACCAAUCAGAGAUGACAAAGAAAAAGACAGGGAGCGGGAAAAUAACCACUCUCCGGAGUAUCCGGUUGUGGAUAUAUGCGUUCCUGAAACAAAUGGCCACUCCCCAGCACACAGUAGUACAAGCCAGACGGGACGAUCGGCAUCGAGCGGCCCAGCGUCAGGCACGGGAGGUGCCAGUGGACCUUCAGGCGGCGGCGCAGUGGUGGACCUUACGCUGGACGACUCAUCAGAUGAGGAAGAGGGUGGCGGGGGGGCUGGGGACAGCGAGGACACAGAAGACAGCCAGGACAGCCCAGCACCGAAGAGGGGCCGAUAUGAUUAUGACAAAGAUCUUGUCACUGCAUACUGAACCAGGCUGUGGAUACGGACAGAGGGAGAGGGGAUAUGGGUUCAGGUCUGAGCCCUAGAAAAAUCCCCUCACUCCCAGUGUUUUCUCUCCUAAAAUGCGUUUCCCCAAAAUACUCGUACAGACAUACGAACACAUGCACAAACUGUUGACCUCUGGAGCAGGUGGGUAUCCUCAUGACACCACUGGAAAUCCAUAGAUGCCCACAAAAGCCAUCCUCUGUCUUCUCCAUGGGAUCAUAAUACUGUUUUCUCCCUUUAAAUAACUAUGGAGGAGUUAUAAACCACCUUUGAUUCAUUCUCUUCCAUCUCCCCCACACUUUUUCAGCCCAAACCACUUAGCCUCAGUCACCAUAGGAAUUGUAGCUUUCACCAUAUACAAGUUCUGUGAGGAGCUGAAAAGGAUUUGUUGUCAGCAAUAUAAGGUCAGAACUGCUAGCGGCAUAUACAGAGACAAACUGCAAGUUAGGUUAAAAAAACAAACUUUAGGGAUUCAAAUUUUUGACACAAUAAUACAGAGGCACUUUCAUUGGGUUUAGAUAUAUUGUGAAUUCAAAAGACAAAAUAUCAACUGUCUCUGUUAUUAUGCAUGGUUUGAAAAGACUUGGAAGGUAAGGGUUUGGUUUUCAUAUGUGUCCCCCUGUAUUUCUCUUUUGUUCCAUGGAAAUUGACAACCUACCUCAGUCUAAAGGCAAACUUGACCACAACUUGAAAGUCUAAAAAUGACAUGACUUGAUUUAUUUUUUUUAUUUUUUUUUUUUUUAAAUAAAAAACCUCUAACACUGGAAAGAAAAGAAAGGUCAUUUGCUACAUCAUGUUGUGCCCUUAGAAAUCUCACUAAAACAGCCCUGGACCGUUCUCACAAGCAAUGGAUUUCUAUUUCCUAUCAGGCUUGCUCCCCAGCGCUGCGCUUUGUCUCCUAGCUGAAAUAAAGAACGGUCUCAUCAGUGGAAGUGUGAGAAAUUUUCAAAAUUGAUGUUCCACUUGGUAAAUAUUGUACAGUAGGAACUAAUGAUAUAUAUCAGAACUUAAAUGGAUGAUUGCAAUCUCAGUCUCACUUUUGUGGCUUUUCUACUAAGGCUGUGAAGUGCAUGGAGCUGCUUUCAGGAGAACCUAACCUUGUGGAAGGCAGGGAGCUGAAACGAAGCCUAGACAAUGCCAAGAAAUAGAACAGCCAUUUAAAUCAUUUGUAGAAGUAAAAUUCAGUGACUGCUUGAACUCAGAUGGGCAUAAAGACAUCUAACCCAAUUGUGCAAUUGUUUUUUCUUUUGUUUGAUUUAUUCUUUUUUUUCAAAAUCAGUCAUGUUUUUUCCCUUAAUUGGACUUUUUGGUUUGAAACUGAUAGGAGACUUUGUUUCCACUGUGAGCCCUGUGAAUCAUACAUUGAUGUUGGAUGUCAUUCGUUUUGUUUUUUUUCUUUGUCAUGACAUGGGUAUGUUGGCUGAUGUGGAAUCAGUGACCGAUGUAACAUGCAACACUUCUUGUUUUUGACAUUCAAAAAUCCUGUAUUUAUUGUUUUAAUCAUUCGUCUUUAAAUAGCAUUUUGUAUUAUUUGUACAUAUUGAGGCGUUUGAGAAGAGUGCAGUGCUAUUUGAAGUGCUAGUUUUUGGAAGGUAAAAUAUAUAUGGUUAGGAGGCUGGUUCUGAUUACUGGGUUAGAUUGGAGAUUUUGCUGCAUCCACUCAGAAGUCGCAGAAGUCUGUAAUCCACUUGCCUGUGGGCUAGUUAUGUGAUACAGUAUACAUGGGCAUAUCGUGAGGAACUAGUUUGACUUGAUCUUAAUCACAGAAGCCUGCUCUGGGUUGUAUUUCAUGCUUCAGUUAGGGUUAGUAUAUGACCAUGUACUGGGGAGGAGAUGGAGGCUGACCACUUGAAAGGGGCAUCAAUGUUUUGGUCCAGAGUCCAUC